AUGCCCCGAGAUCCAGAACAGGCUGUCGAACCUGUCGGUAAGAACCCAGUCUCUGCUGCAUAUAAGAGCCUCACUAAGGAACGCCACCAAAGGGUCCGCCACAUCCGCUGCGACGAAUCACCGGGUGGCCAAUGCCAAAACUGUGUUCAUGCGGGUUGGCAAUGUGAGGGAUACAAUGUUUUGGAUCGAAUGCCUAGGCGACACUCUCCAUCCUACACCUACCCGCAGGACAUUGGCGGGGGCGCAAGAGCACAUAUCGGAUGGCCCAUGACCGCCGACGAACGUCGUUCGUUCGCUUUCUUCCAACAUAACUCCAUCACAAGCCUGACUGCCCUCUUCGAGUCGCCGCUAUGGCAGCGCCACAUCUUGCAAAUGUCUCAUGCCGACCCGGCCGUUUUCCACGCCGUCACUAUGCUCAGCGCUGCACAUCAGGGCUGCGAGCUUAAAUAUACGCAGAGUGACAACACAUCAAUGCACCGCGCUUACUGCUUCUCUCUACACCAGUCGAGCCGCGCGAUGAGGAUGUUAACGCAGCGCCUGUCAUCCCAGGACCCCGAACUCCGCCACAUCGCCCUCCUCUGCUCGCUCCUCUUCGGACUGUCAGAUGUGCUUCUUGCCAGGCAUGACAGCGCCUGGACGCAUUUUCGUUCCGGGCUGCGCAUCCUCAAGGAAAUUGAGCACUGCCCAUAUCUCAUUUCGAAAGUCGAGCCAUCGCUUGUUGCCGUAUACCGCCGUAUAAGUCUGCAGGCCGCGUUGUAUAGUAAUAAGAGCGCAGACGCGGAUGCAAACGCACCCCGAAUCCCGAUGCUGAGCUAUGCUCUCUCGUCACCACCCAAGGACAUUUGCACCCUAGAAACAGGGCCCUUUACCAGCCUGUCCCAAAUGCAGUCCGUCCUCCUGAGCCUCCUCGACACCGGAAUCCCCCUGAUCGCAACUGGCCUCAGCCUCUCCGACCCCGAGUUCGCCGCCACAUACAACACCCUCUCCACCGCGCAAUCCCGCCUCCUGCGCACAUUCGCAAUCUUUAUCCACAAAUUCAACUCCUUCCGCGAAACACACUCCACUUCACCCGACAAGCACAGCCAACAAAGCACCCUCGACCUCCUGCACCUCUUGAUCCUGGGCCACACCCUGUCCCUGAAAAUCGCCCUGACUCGGAACCGCGCCCCGCUACCUCCCUCCUUCCUGCCCCAAGUCAACACAGUCCUUGAUGCCCACGAGUCAUACAUACAGGAGUACGAGCACCGCCCCACCCGCGUCGCGGACCACGGCGUCAGCGCGAAUAUGUAUCUCCUUGCAACCCGCGCCCCGGAUCUGGCUACGGGCUUGCGCGCCGUGAAGAUCCUGAAGGUUUGGCCCAAGUAUGUCGGUUUUCAUAGCUCUACCUCUGCGGCACCGUUGGCGAUGAACGUUUUGAUGGAGAGGUUUGGAUUCGGGCAGGUGGGAAGGGAUUUAGAGGGUAGAGAAUGCGGUGGCGCCAGCUUAAUCAGUGUUGGGGAGUCGGUUGCAUUUCAAUGUUAG